CAAUUCAUGUCUAUUUCAGACUUAAUGUGGUAAAGUUUUAAACAAAGUGGACUUUUGCAGUAUAAAAAAGAAAUGCACAUAAAUUGACGUUACUUGAACACGACUAUCAAACUCUAAACAUUAGUGUGCGUAAAAACCCGCCGCGUGAAACUGGAAGAAUAUUAAGGGGAAAACACACACACAAAUAAGUGCGGGCAAAAUACGACAUAACGAAGAACCAGUGAAAUUUUCAUUUAUUCGGGAUGAAAAAAUGUUAAAACAUGACAACCACAUCAUUGCGUGACGAGUAUUAGUAAACAACAUUUUUUUUUUAAAUUUUAUUUCACAAUUGUUUAAAAAAGAAAAAGGUGUAUGUUUUAGAUGUUGGGGAAUUAAUUAUUUGGCAUCUGGAAAUUAAAACGACCACUAUGGGAUUUCGACAUUUGAUUUCAUCUGCUCUGAUUGGAUUGUUGUGUCUUAAAGGUGUAGAGUGCACGUGUUCUUCAAUUUAUCCUAACAUGCAUAGUGACCAAGUGGCAACCAUGUGUAAAAACUCUGUCGUACAAGGCAUAUAUCUUUUUAUCGACGUGGAUCUGGGCAACACAACAACUCUAGAAAGUGGUACCGCAUGCAGGUGCCAUAUUCAAACACAACGUGGUAAAAAAUUAACCGUCCGCUCAGACUUUACUGGGUACCAACGCAGCAAGUGUGGUACAUCAGUAGACUUUACUGGCAAUGCUAUCGGCUUAAACACGAUACUAGGGACACCUUGCUAUUCGUACCAGUUUGGUGUGGAGACGCAUACAUACACAAACAUCUCUGUGGGUUUAAGACGAGACUAUGAGCCGUAUAAAUCAACUUAUUGUGUUAGCUUGACACUAGAAUAUUGCAGUGAUGAUCAGCACCAGUGUGGCGACGGCUCGUGCAUUCCUUCUGCCGAGAAAUGUGACAACUUUCCCGACUGUGACGACGGAUCGGACGAACUGUCAUGCUCAAGCAUUGUGUGUGCUGAGGGCCAGAUUCCAUGUGACGAUAACGCUUUCUGUAUUAACACGUAUGAUAGAUGUGAUGGGGUUUACCAUUGCCCAGACCAGUCUGAUGAAUUUCCAAAAUACUGCUCAGGCAGCAACAAUGGUAGUGUCAGUGGUGGUAGCGGAGCAACAGAUGAGCUACCACCACCGUUAAUUACAGUCACGUGCGAGGAGAGCCCCUACCUUCCAGAGCCUACGACUACAUCAACGACGACCACACCCGAGACUACCAGCACUACCUCUACAACUACCACAAGCACUCCUACAACAUCUACUUCUUCUUCUUCUACCACAAGCACGCCUACCACAUCUACUACUACUUCAUCAACCACAAGCACGCCUACCACAUCUACUACUACUUCAUCUACCACAAGCAGGCCUACCACAUCAACUACCACGUAUACUUCUACUUCAUCUACCACAACAACGCCUUCUACGACUUCAACCACGCCUACCACAAAUUCAACCACGCCUUCUACAACUUCAACAACGCCUACUACUUCAACAUCCACAACAACUACGCCUACUACAACAACAUCCACUACAACAACAAUGCCUACCUCAACCUCUACGACCUCAACCUCUACUACAGCAUCAACUUCUACUACCACGCCUUCCACAACCACAAGCCAGUCUACCACGACUAAAACCACACCAACCGAAACCACGCCAACUUCCACUCAGACUACUACCGCAUCCACUCCUUCAUCCAACACUACAACUACAAAAGCCACAGACUCGCCAACAACAACAUCAUCAACAUCAACAUCUACCACGACAACUCAGCCAACAACUAUACAGACAACAACACCAAAGCCUAGGUGCAAUAUCAAUUCACAAUUUGAGUGCGGUAAUGGUUCCUGUAUUCCACUAACAUGGCGAUGUGACAGCCUAGAAGAUUGUAUUGACAAAUCGGACGAGUCUGGGUGCUCAAGUUAUGUAUGUGGAGAAAACAUGUUUCUGUGCGAUGAAAGACGCACGUGCAUAAAAGCCAGCGAAAGAUGUGAUGGAACUUAUCAAUGCCCCGAUCUAUCAGAUGAGUUACCUAAAUACUGUGGUAAACCAACAUCAGCCCCUCUUAAAGAAGAAGACAGUUCAUUAACAGCUAUCAUUGUUGGAGUUAUCUGUGGCGCCUUGCUUCUGAUCAUGACUCUAACCUGCAUCAUAUACUGGACCAGGUCAAGAAACUGGAAUAACAGGUAAGUCCUUCAAACAAAUUUAACAUAUUAGUAGUAGCAGUAGCAGUAUUAGUAGUUGUAUCAUAUGUUAUUACAAGUGAAGCUGUGUUUAACUUAUACACAAGAUGUACGACUGAUUUUAGUUUCACUUAAGUACUUGUGCUAAUCUCAUUUUCUCGAAUUGAUAAGAGUUUAUGGUAUUAUGAAAUAUAUUGAAUUUAAAAAUUUGUUAUUGAAAAACAUAAACGCACAUAUUAAAAUAGUUCGAUGUUUACAUGUAAAAUGUGUGUGAACAGAUCACCAUUGUAGCUUACCCUAUAGGCGCUAAUUUACUAUCUAUUCACUAUUCUGUGAUAUCUUUAAUCAUUUUGUGAUAUCAUUAAAUGUAGGUAGUAGUAUCUUAAAAUAUAAUGCAUUUUAUGAUAUCACUUAUUUUCCGGCAACAUAUCAUUAAAUGUACUUUCUAAUAUCAUAAACUGAAAUUACAGAUAUCACAAAAUAGAAUAUUGGAUGACUCUUAAAACGGUUUUUAUAUAUCCCUAAUAAGAUUAAAUGAUAUCCAUUUCUUUCAUAUUUGAUAUAAAAAAAUGCAUUUUACGAUUGUUAAAAGAUAUCUCAAAUUGUGCGUGUUGUACACAAUAGCAUAAUUUUAUAUGUUCUGUCUUUUCUGAGAUAAUUAUAUCUAAGAUAUCGAAAAAUACUAUUAUAAUUUUGGCUUAUCUAAUCAAGAUGGUAAAGGUCAUUUCUAUAUUUAUAUAAUAUUAAGAUGUCCGCACUUGGCACGGAAACGAGUAGCUACGAAAGUUUCGAUGUGUCCAAUGGGUGGAGAAAACGUUAAAGAUAAUGAUGUUCUGUUUGCAAACCUUUUGGAAGACAAUAAAUUGAAUUUUAAUCUUUCUAGCCCAGAAAUGAGCUGAUAGAUAUGCGAUGAAUCAAGAGUCAGAGAAGCCGGUUUCAACAGACAGCGCAUACGCAUCCCCUGCAUUUCAUACCCCUACAGUUCAUAUUGUACCCACGACUAAAGAAGCCCCAACACAUAUCUGGUACCCUUCGUCGAGCCCGAAAGGCCAACUGUCAGACUUAUAUGUUGUAGAACAAAUUGACGGAAAUACCGGAGAUAAACAUUAUAUUCAGACACAGUAGCAGACGAUUUAAAUCAUUGUUCAUUAUGUGUUUUUAUGGUCUUGUAUUGUAUGAUCAAAACAAAUUUUGAGACUUUACAUGUAUAUGUUGAAGAGUUGUUAAAGCUGCUUGUCGUCCAAGAAAAUAACGUGCAUUAUACUAACAUCUUUGGUGGGUAACAGUUCUCAAAUGUUAGUUGUUUACAUUUUGGUUUUUGAAGAUCUGGAUAAUGCAGAAGUAACUAAAAGACCAGAAGUAUCACGAUUUAUAUGUCCUCGAUAAAUACUUGAUAUAUUUUCUCCUGAAAAUCGCAGUCAAAGCUAAAAGUGACAAAUUAAUGCGUAGAGUGAUUUCGAGGUUUUUAUAUAACGUGUGAUAAAUAGCAAAUCCAAAUAUCAGUUCCGGAAAGAAUCGUUUAUAAAAAUUUCUUCAUAUGUGUAAAAAGUAAAUUUAUAUGCCAUUUAAAUGUGUAGACACAGUCAUGAACAUAUAUCAUUAAAUUAUAUUUUUAAAAGUAUUAAUGAUAUAUAUUUUUAACAGGAA